AUGGAAACACCAGCUGAGUUUGUCAAAAAACUUGGUUCCAGUGUAACCAAACAACAGAUACGUCAAAAGGUUUGGGAUUACCUGGAAGCCAAAAACAUAGCAAAUUUCCCUCGUCCAGUACACAAUAGAAUUCCUAAUUUCAAGGGAGCAGCAACUGCAUCUGACAAGGUAGCAUCAAUGGAAGUAUUCAAGAAAGCUCAAACAGUAAAAGUGAAUCCUGACAAACCUCAAGAGGUUGUGCGCUUUCAUACUUUAGAGGCUCAUAAAACACUCUUGGUGCCAACUCCACGCUUACGCACUGGCCUAUUCAACCGUAUCACUCCACCAAGUCAAAGCAAAGAAACCUUUCGCAAAUGUGCUACAUCUCAGGGAGUGAAAGAACACAGUCUUCCUCUGUCUUUAGACACCAAAGUAAAAAUUGAUCUUAUUGUCAUUGGGGCUGUGGCUGUCUCCAAAACUGGUCUUCGCAUUGGCAAAGGAGAAGGAUUUGCUGACCUUGAAUAUGCUAUGAUGGUUAAUAUGGGAGCUGUUGAUGACAACACUGUGGUCGUAUGUUCUGUCCAUGACUGUCAGGUGAUGGAUAUUCCUGCUGAACUGUAUAAUGAUCAUGAUUUGACUGUUGACUAUGUGGUCACUCCCACUCAAAUUAUCAAAUGUGAAGGCGGUACCCACAGCAAGCCUAAAGGACUGAUUUGGUCUCGCCUAAAGGUUCUCUUUGUUCUUCUUUUCCCUGGCAUAGUUUUUAAGAAUGCUAAAACCUUUCUGCCCUUUACUCUGCGGGCAACUUUCACACGAGGAAGCCUAAAACCCUUCCAGAGACAGCCAGCCUGCUUCAUGUCUGACAUCCAAGUCCUUCUCCUGCCUCUCUUUCUCCAGCUGACUAUCAUUGCAUAUGAUGUCUAA